UGAGCCGUACUAUCUUUAGCCAGGGAGAUAUUUAUAUCCCCCGGGAAGUUUCUUCCGCUCCGGGGGGAGCCCCAGAGUCUGUGGCCGCUGAAUCCAAGCCCCCCGGCGGCGGCCCCCGCCCGUCCGGCUCGCCAUGCCACGGGCCCCAGAGGCCCCCACGGUGCAGGUGCGGGUGGACGACCAGCUCUUCCAGGCCGAGCGGGCCCUGCUGGUGGAGCACUGCGGCUUCUUCCGCGGUCUGUUCCGCUCCGGCAUGCUGGAGACGCGCGCGGCCGAGGUGCGCCUGGGCGCGCUGAGCGCCGCCGGCUUCCACACCACGCUGCAGGUGCUGCGCGGCGAGCGGCCCGCGCUGGCGGCCGACGAGGAGCUGCUGCAGGCCGUAGAGUGCGCCGCCUUUCUGCAGGCGCCGGCGCUGGCGCGCUUCCUGGAGUACAGCCUCACGUCGGACAACUGCGCGCUGCUGUGCGACGCGGCCGCAGUGUUCGGCCUGCACGACGUGUUCCACAGCGCCGCGCUCUUCAUCCGCGAUGGCGGGCGCGAGCUGGCGGCCGAGCUAGCGUUGCCCGAGGCCCGCGCCUACGUGGCGGCGCUGCGGCCCAGCAGCUACGUGGCCGUGAGCACGCACACGCCGGCGCCGGGCUUCCUGGAGGACGCGUCCCGCACGGUGUGCUACCUGGACGAGGAGGACGACACGUGGCGCACGCUGGCCGCGCUGCCCCUGGAGGCCAGCACACUGCUGGCGGGCGUGGCCACGCUGGGCAACAAGCUGUACAUCGUGGGCGGCGUGCGGGGUGCCAGCAAGGAGGUGGCGGAGCUGGGCUUCUGCUACGACCCCGAGGGAGGCACGUGGCGCGAGUUCCCCAGCCCGCACCAGCCGCGCUAUGACCUGGCGCUGGCCGGCUUCGACGGCCGUCUCUAUGCCAUCGGCGGCGAGUUCCAGAGGACGCCCAUGAGCUCUGUGGAGAGCUAUGACCCAGCCACGGGCUGCUGGAGCUUCGUGGCCGACCUGCCCCAGCCGGCCGCGGGAGUGCCCUGCGCCCAGGCACGUGGCCGCCUCUUCGUGUGUCUGUGGCGGCCGGCAGACACCACGGCUGUGGUGGAGUACGCUGUGAAGGCGGACACGUGGCUGCAGGUGGCCGAGCUGCGGCGUCCGCAGAGCUACGGUCACUGCAUGGUGGCCCACCGCGACAGCCUCUACGUGGUGCGCAACGGACCUAAAGACGACUUCCUCCACUGCGCCAUCGACUGCCUCAACCUGGCUACGGGCCAGUGGACCGCACUGCCUGGCCAGUUUGUCAACAGCAAGGGAGCGCUCUUCACGGCGGUGGUGCGCGGCGACACAGUCUAUACGGUCAAUCGCAUGUUUACGUUGCUCUAUGCCAUCGAGGGUGACACCUGGAGGCUGCUCAGGGAGAAGGCCGGCUUCCCAAGGCCGGGGUCCUUGCAGACUUUCCUCCUUAGGCUUCCUCCUGGCACUCCCGGGCCUGUGGCCCCAACACCAGAACUGUGAUUCUGAGUUGGCCUUUAGCAGGGGCUAUCCCAAGUCUUCGCUGAGCCAUGGCUGAGUCUAUAAGGCUGGCCUUCGAAGCUGCUUGGAAAUUCUGUCUCCCUGGUUGAGACAUGCAGGUCUUGGGCCUUGUGAUGAUAUGAACAUGUCCAAGAAAUUCAGAGAGUAACAAUGGGGCUGGGGUCUGAGCCUUCAAAUUACUUGGGCUCUGCUGAGAGGUGGUGGGUCACAAUGCCAGUGGAUUGGGUUGGGGGGUAGGAUUUCAAUAAUCCAGGCUUGUGUCUGAAUGGGCCAAUAAUUGAGCAUUACUGGGAGUGAGUUAAGCGAUGUUAAUCAAACUGCCAGUCAGUUGGCAAGAAUCAGGCACCUACUGUGUGUCUUGUACAGUGCUAGGCCCAAGGUCACUGUAGUUGCUAGAGGGGUCUACAAAGCCUAGAGUCUAGCCCAAGACCAAGGUUUGCACACACUUGUCUUGAUCCACUGAGGGCUAAAGUCAGUAUGCAAACAAAAAGAGACCAAAACCUCACAGUGGAAUAAAAUAGUAUUGAAGAAAUCAGGACAAAGGGAAAAUAGGGAAAGGAAAAAUAUUUAACUCCAGGAAGGGUGAAGAAGAGAGGCAGGGUAAUUAGCUGCUGCAGUGGGGAGGUUCAGAUGAUGGAAACAGGGCUCAGAAGAGAUGGGGGAAAGCUGGAACAGAUGGGAGGAGGCUCUGUGAGCACAGCCUUUAAGGCAGAACAUCUGUGGAUGGAGGCAUUUGAGGAGGGGGCGAGGCUGGCAUGGCUUGUAGAGACAAUAACUGAGCUGAACCUGGGGUGACACCUAUGAGAGAGAAUGGGCUCCCCACAACCCCUCACAGGAUGCGGACUGGCGGAGAGAAGUCAGUUGCAAGCCCUUGCCCACUCCCUUUUUUGCCAUCACCCUGUGGGCAGUGGAUUAUUAACUUCCAUGACUUUAGGUCACUCAAGGCAAGAGCCCAAUCCUGACCAGGUCUAACUGCAUCCUCCUCCGCAUUCUGCAGGUUAAUUGUCUCCUCCAAGUCUCUGCUCCUGCCAUUCUCUGGGCCUGGAAUGCCUUUCCUCUCCCCCUGCCCCCGCCACCCCUCUGUUGGCCCUGUACCUACCUCCUCUGUGCAGGGUUGGCUGUUCCCGACCUUGGCCAUCUGCAUUGCUCAUUGGACCUCUGAAUGACUUCCUUCCGUAUAUGUGUGAAACCGUGCACGUGUGCAGAUAACAAGGGCAAAGAUCCCGUUGUCCUAUCAACUGACCUGGAAACUUCCCCACCUACAGAACCAAAUGAUGAAGUCCUGAAAGAACCCAGGCCAUAGAGGCUGUCUUACUUAGGGAACUGGUAUUAGAGGAAGACUCUUGUCCCUCUUUUAGGAUACUCCUAUCCUGAUUUCUGGUCACCUGCCUACCCGAGUCCUCAGCUUCUCCAUGCCCUAAGUGCCCUAAAUGGUCUCUAUCUUCGAAGACCUGAGGCCUGUGGGAAAUUCCAGCCUCGUCAGAAGUAUAGAAUGUAACAUCAGCGCGGAGCCUAGUGUCAGGGCUGCCUGGAGCAGGCUUUGCCCCUGACCUAUAUCCCAAGCCCUGCGGAAUGCUGCCCUCCGAAACCUGGCAUCUGCCAGCCCUGGAGUAGCCCAAAUCACAACAAUAAAUCCUGACUUUGGCAUCCUGUGAAUAAUGUGCAAAGUACUUUCACAUCCGUCUUCCUGCUCCAACACUGCCUCAGUCCUGGGAGUUCGGUACCUUCUCUCAAUGGCAGACACAUGAGAUACGUGAGGCCCAGAGGCCAAGCGAUGCACCCAGAACCACUGUCCUCAUGCUGAAGCCUACAGAGCCCCUCACUUUCUGAUUCCAUCACAGUAUAAUUGUUACCACGUGUCAAAGUUUUAUUUAAGUUGUUAACAAAGGAACCAGAAGAAUGGAAAACUGGUUCAGAGGAACAUUUGAGAGACAGAGAUUUGUGUCUUUAGUUGGAAAAGACCUGUUGAAAUAAAUUUGCUAAGAUAAGAGGUGAAGCUGGUUAACUUCCAGGACAAUAAAACCAUAACUUUCGUGGUUCUGUACUGGACUGAAAAACCUUUGCACCUCUGCAUACACACAUCUACCUAUUAUUUAUGCAGCUACAAGUGAGCGUGUAGCUUCACAAAGUCGGGACUCUAGUCAAUAGUAAAUUGUGAAACAGGGAUUUAGUUUUUCCUGAGAGAAUUCUUAGCUGUUCAACCCUACCCCACAACAACAUUGAAAAGAUAUACAGUCCUUCCAUCUAUGUCCAAGUUACGGAUAAUUUUUCGUAACAGUUCAGAGCAUGCUCUUCUGUGCUCACUCCUCCUGCCUAGUGCUCAGCCCUGAAAUUUGCAAUCUCGAGAUCCAUUGGCUCAUCUG